AUGACCCCUUCCUGCCCUAACUGGCUUCGCGUACGAGCACCGGCCUCUACCUCAUCUACAUUAUUAAAACUCCUUAAUGCCACCGAACGGUUCACCGUCGGGUUCUCCGCAAUCGUUAACUGCACCAUCGCCGGCGCCGAUGCGCCAGCCUUUUUCGUCCAUGAUCCGAGAACAGUGGGAGAUUGGCUGAAUCUGUUGCAGCUAGGUGUCGAUUGGGUGCUGCUCUUGCUCUUCUUCAUUCUAUGUCUCACCUAUCCCCCUUCCCACUCCCCCUACGCCAGUCAGGUACGCAUCCUAGUCGCCGUCCUGUACACGGCGUUUACCCUGAUCUCCGUCGUUCCACUUUUCACCGACGCUCUCUUCCCCUCCAUUUUCCACGAACCGGGUGAACGUCAACUCAAUUUCGGCGUGGCCAUAUUGAUGGGGUUUCAUCUCUUUUUCCUCAAUACCAUAUUCACACUUCUCAGCAUCUGUUCGAUCAUUCCCCAGGCCGUCCAAUUUCGCUCGCCCCCGCUGAAUUCCGGUGUGGUGAGAGUGCGGAACUGCGCUCUGCAAGGGGUAGUAUUGGCCAUGAUAGCUGUGUCGUGGGUGUUUCGAGUGAAACUCCCGGAUGGGGUCAAUGUCCUAACGCCGUUCCGAUCCAUUAUUUGGGAGAAGGAGAGUGGGUGGGAAGGGAGUGACCGUAAGAGGAGGAGAAACGGAUCCGCUUCUACAAGGAACAAGAGUUCAUUAACUCGUGCCAUAUUUUCACUUUGGGAUGUUCUUUCGAUUCCAAUGCAUAUAUUCCCGGAUGGUCAAGGUACAAGCCCUGGAGCCCUUGCGAGACAUGAUGAGGAACCUAUUUCAUAA